CUUUGACUAAACGCUGCCGUUUGAGAUUCUAUUGAAGAUUCUGAUAACUUGCAUACGCGCAGUCAAUUUUUAGACAAUCCAACUAUACCGUGAAACCUCUCCUCUUUAGGGUUUUUAUCCCCAAACUCAUCACUAGUCAAGCUUUCGAAAAAUGGGUGAUGAGAUUCAGCCGCCGGCAGAUCAAUUAGCCGCCGUCUCCUUGGGAAAUGACGCAGCCUCGUCUUCUACGGUGCAGAAAGCGCGGUUUGCGGAUAGGGUCUGUAUUAAGUCGAUUUUGGGUCGAAGCGACGGCGGAGCUGGACUUGCCGGGCAGAAGGUACGAAUCUUCGGGUGGGUAAAAACGGGAAGGGAGCAAGGGAAAGGGACUUUCGCUUUUCUUGAGGUGAACGAUGGAUCCUGCCCAGCGAAUCUUCAGGUUAUGGUGGAUGCUUCUGUGUCAGAUCUCUCCAAGUUGAUUGCUACGGGAACUUGUGUGACCGUUGAUGGAUGUUUGAAGACUCCUCCGGAAGGUAAAGGUACGAAGCAGAAGAUUGAGCUCAGCGUCGAGAAGGUGAUUCAUGUGGGACCGGUGGAUCCGGCUACCUACCCGAUUCCUAAGACGAAGCUGACUCUAGAGAGAUUGAGGGAGUUUCUUCAUCUUCGUCCCAGGACCAACUCGAUCGCAGCAGUUGCAAGAAUCCGACAUGCGCUUGCUAUGGCGACCCAUGCAUUCUUUGAUAAAUAUGGUUUUCUGUACAUUCAGACUCCAAUCAUCACAACAAGUGACUGCGAAGGUGCUGGUGAAAUGUUCCAAGUGACCACUUUGAUCAACCAAUCUGAAAAGCUUGAGAGGGAUCUCAUUGCGAACCCUCCUCCCACCGAGGCUGACAUUGAAGCUGCCAAGCUCAUUGUCAAGGAGAGAGGCGAAGCUGUAGCGCAACUCAAAGCUGCCAAAGCAAGCAAGGAAGAGAUCGUUGCUUCCGUUGCUGAACUCAACAAUGCCAAGGGGAACUUAGCCAGGACUGAAGAGAGGUCGAAGCUUAAGCCUGGACUGCCUAAGAAAGAUGGGAAGAUUGAUUACUCGGAAGAUUUCUUUGGUCGACAAGCUUUCUUGACAGUUUCUGGUCAGCUACAAGUGGAAACGUAUGCUUGCGGUCUUAGCAGCGUGUAUACGUUUGGUCCCACUUUCAGGGCAGAGAACUCUCACACUUCAAGGCAUCUUGCUGAGUUCUGGAUGGUUGAGCCUGAGAUAGCUUGUGCUGAUCUAGAGGACGAUAUGAACUGUGCAGAGGCAUAUGUGAAAUUCAUGUGCGAUUGGUUGCUUGAGAAAUGUUACGAUGACAUGGAACUCAUGGCUAAGAAUUUCGACAAAGGCUGCAUUGACAGGCUAAAGUUGGUUGCCUCGACUCCGUUUGGUCGUCUGACAUACACGGAAGCAAUAAAGCUGCUUGAGGAAGCUGUGGCUCAAGGAAAGGUAUUUGAGAACCCAGUGGAGUGGGGAAUCGACUUAGCAUCUGAGCAUGAAAGAUACUUGACAGAGGUUAUGUUUAAGAAGCCUCUGAUUGUGUAUAACUACCCGAAAGGAAUCAAAGCUUUCUACAUGAGACUCAACGAUGAUGGAAAGACUGUUGCUGCCAUGGAUGUCCUCGUUCCAAAGGUUGGAGAACUCAUUGGUGGAAGCCAAAGGGAAGAACGGUUUGACGUCAUCAUGGAAAGGAUUAAGGAGAUGGGUCUACCAAUUGAGCCAUACGAGUGGUACCUUGACUUGCGACGUUAUGGAACAGCGAAGCACUCAGGAUUUGGACUUGGAUUCGAACGUAUGGUUCUCUUCGCUACAGGAAUUGACAACAUCAGAGACGUUAUCCCCUUCCCUCGCUAUCCUGGAAGAGCUGAUCUUUGAUUCUUUUUCUUAAUACCAAAAUUGCAAACACAAUUUUAUGCUUUUUUUUUAUUAGCUGGUCUUGUUUUGAGAACCGAUUUCGUUUUAGUUUUACUUUAAAAGUUGGUUAAUGAAUGAAUUGGGCUUCUUUUACUUAUAUAAAAGAUGGUUAUGCGAGAAUGUGAACUUAGAAUUA